AAUAAAAUUCAUAAUUAUUAUAUUAAAUUUUUUUUAUAAAAUCUAUUAAAUAUGAAAUUCUAUACCGCUUUAAUUGUGGCUAUUUAUUUGUCAAUUGAUAUCGUCAAAGCGGAUAAUGUGACCCAAUAUGGCGAGCAAAUUGUGGAUGAUGAGAUCGCACGGUACGCCCUGUCCCUGAUCCUACCGAUCGCUGACAUUAUGCGCAAAGCCGAGGCCGAGUACCUGCCCCAGGGGCUAACGGUGCCCAUCAUGUUCUACGAGGAUAUAUUCGCGUUUGUG